AUGCUUACAGAUAAUAUAUUGCCAAUUCCUCUAGAAGAAAUUUUUGCUAAUGCUAAAGCUAUACAAAAAGAUUAUUUAUUUAAAAUUAAUCCUUUAGCUUCUACAAAUAAAAUGCUUCUAGAAUAUAAAACUAAUUUUUAUAAUUUAUUGACAUAUAGUGAAACAGAAUUUGAUAUUGAUAAAGUGUAUAAAGAAUUAGUAAAAAAUGUAGAACCGGGUUGUCAGGUAGAUGGACCAAAAGUAAUUAUUUUGGAGCCAGGAAGUAACCCAUGUUCAGAUAAAGCUAUACAAAAUACUUGUAAUAUUUUUUUUGAUAAUGUUGGAAAGAAGACUAAUAGACAUAGUAAAAUUGAUAUAGUAGCUAUAAAGCUAUUUUUUAACAUCUAA